AUGAAGAACAAAGUCGCACCAGAGUUGAUCAGCGCCCCCAACCGCUCUCCACUUCGCACACCCGCAAGGAGCGCAUGUAAUGAGACGAAUUACCCGAGGGAAGAAGACAUAUUUCUUCGUAGCAAGCCUAUGGAUUUGAUCUAUCAUUCGGCUAAUCCUAAGGCAUUAAAUGGUAGUCACUCAUCAAAACAGCUAACCAUGAACACAACGGAGAUGGAAAAGGAGAACCAUGACUUGGUGGUUACUCACAUUUUGCAAAAUGUGGAAAAUGAAAGUAUCACCGCUAGUGGUAUGUCACCAGAGGUAGGAUCCAAAGGUAGACAAAAUAACACAAGUGAUGAGAAGAGCAUUAGUGAGAUGGGAAGAGAACCUGUCUUCGGAAGGAAGGAUUCGCUAGAUAUCAGAUUCCGUCAAGGGCAUUUCCCCCCCAGGAACAACCAUUACGAGGGUCCAAAUCAUCCUCACUGGAGCUCCAAAAUGGAUGGUACGCCAUAUGACAGGGAGAAACGAAUGGCACUACCAACGCAGUACGAAAUGUGGAAUUCACUACAGCCUUUACACCAAAGGAGGGAGGAGAAAAUCUCAAAUGAAGGAUCCAGCACCCUCCCGUCCAGGCUUAUAAAAACAGAAUGGACUGCAAAUCAUGUGGGUGUUAAAGAAAACAUCUGCCAAAAAGAAAGAACCCAUCAGAAAGAAAUAAAUAAACAAAAAGAAAGAAUUCACGAUGCUGAUAUCAGCUCGGCUGCUGAAGGAAAGAAGGACUUUGUUAAGAUAACGAAAGAGGUGUACGGAAGUAAUAAUUCCUCCUCCAUAGAUCAAAGCGGUGCACUGGAGAGGAACCACAUGAAUGAAAUUGAAAGAGGAAAAAAUGGAACCCGAGGUAUCAGCGGAAGUAGCACCAAAAGGCACCGAGAACAUUUGGCAGAUGUGCCACAUUUUGGAAUAAUAUCUGAUGGAGGCAACCAUGAUGACGACUAUAAUGAUCACGAAGAUGAAGUCGACUUGAGCACUGGCAAUGUGAUGAAAUCAAAUGACCCGAAGAAAAGUACGCAGCUACGAAGUCGUGUUAAUGAAGGUGCACUGAAAAAGACAAACGCCUCAACAAAUCAGGAUGACUCCCAAAGUGAACUGAACAAAUUUAACAACACCGAACAGAGUCUAAGUGACAUAAUUAGAGCAUUCCAGUUGAAGAUAACCCAAAAUAAGGGUGUUCCAUCGGGUAAUAUACCUGGUGUAGACAACCUGGAUGAUAAUUACGCAGGGAAUCCUAAAGCUGCUCCAAAGAAAGAAAUGACCACACGUUUAUACAACUGCACUAAUGUUAAUAACAUAAAGGUGGCUGAAGGAUGCAUCAAGCGUUAUGAAGUGCCACCUCAGGGUAACGAACAAAAGAUAGAAAAACUCCGGGAGGUGAAAGAAGGAGCCACCUUAAAAAUGAGCCACAAUAGACAGAUGGUGAACCCAUCCAAAAGGGUUCUAAAGGAUCCAUUCAGCAAAACCAAAAGGAGCAAAUCGGAUGAUAAUACGUUUCUCCUAUGCAAUAACAGCGGCGUGACAGAUUCUAUGAACAAAUAUGGGUACGCUGAUCAGGGUGAAAACAAAUUGGGAUAUACAGAAAAUAUCGCAGAAGAACAAAUGGAUUACUAUCUGCCCAGGGAAACAAAUGUUACCGAAUUUCAUGGAGGGGGAGGAAAUAAUUAUUGCCUAUUGAAUAAUCAAAACGAUGAAAAUACCAAUGGCUCCUACUCUGUACAUGAAGGGGGGGCAUACGGGAAGGUCCAGUUCACCCCGGCAAAAUACGCCCUUAUAAAUAGGGAAAAAUAUAAUCCAAGUAUAGAAAGUCUAAAAAAUGAGCAAAUGACUAACAGUCAAGAGAACCUUACCUAUCCUCUCAUGUCUGAUUUUAUGCAACCAUUUGUGGGGAGCAAAGGAGAGCUAGAAAAUGAGGACUCCAAAUGUGGCUCCUUUAUAGAGAGGAAAAGCUACACGGAUGAAGAAUUCGUUCACAAGAAGGAUAAGCUUAGUAGAAGUAUCAACUAUAUUAGGCAAAUUAAGAAGGCCAAUGAGAAAACAAAGUACGCGAAUUCGUUGGAAGAAAAGGUGAAGAAGACAAGACAGGUGGAAGAGCCUGCUAGGAAGGAAGAGGACGCAUAUUUCGUGUCCCCUCGUUUUGGUUCACUCAGCCAGGAAGAGGCGGAAGAAGAAAGAGAAGUGAACCGAGUGAUCAAAUCAACAUCCUGGUCUGAGAGAAAAAACAAAAGAGGGAACCCUCUGAUUUUUUCUAAGAGCCAUUUACGGGAAGAGUUAUUAAAUAACGCAAAAAAACAGGGUAACUAUAAAACUGGAAAGACUGGCUAUGCAAAGUGGGCGCUGAAAAGCGGACGCGACGGUUUGCCACAGAAAAUAACCAAAAAGGUGGAAACGCCACCAAAGGAUAGACUAGUCGAGUUGGUGAAAAACGUAGACUUAGCCGAAGCGCACCUAAAUGGUGAGAAGAUAGAAACCCCCAAUCGGGUUAAUCGUCCAAACCGUCCAAACCGUCCUAAUCGCCCCAAUUUUUCGAACCUGUCCAACCUUUCCACCCUUUCCAACCUCUCCGAUUCGCUAAAAUUGAUUGAUCUAAAGCGAAAGGGGGAAAUUUGCAAAAGUGGAGGAAGCGGCCGGACGAGCGCCAAAAAGGAAGACACCCCCAUGAAUAACAACCAUGUGAAGCACGACCUUUUGAAGGAAGAAAAGUACACAAAAAAACAGACAAACACAGCAUUACGCAGAUGCCCCAAAAUAGGAAACAAGAAAAAUGACACCAACAAAGGACUUAAGAUAAAAUCUCCUUUUAUUUCUAAGCACAAUAAUAUUCCUAUGUAUGCAGUACAAAUGCGUAACGAGCCACUUAAGUCGACGAAAAUUGUCAAGGAGGAACGACAACAGAGGCACCACAACGGAAGUCAACAAUAUGUAAAUUUAAGCAGAACAGGAAAAAUUAUCCUAGAGAGGAAAAAAAUGAAGAAUAAAGAUAAGACUAUCGUUUAUCAAAAGGGAUCGUCUAAAAAGGAUACAGAUCGGAAUAUUCAAGUAGACUUAAUCGAAAAGGAAGACAAGAAUAAAAUUUACACUAUCCCAUCUUGUCAUAGCUCCAGUUCCUAUGAUCACCCCCCUAUUCGCUCCCUCAACAAUUCUAACUUCAGCUGUGAUUCGCACGCGACAGAAAAUAUCAGCACCUUCACUCACAUACGAAAACAGAAUUUGGCGAAAAUGAAGGAAAUGAUAUCUCGAGAAAGGGAAUCUGUGCGGAGGAGCUCUAUCGUUCCUUACCACAAAAAUAAUGGACGAGGUGGUAAGAAUUCCAAAUGGGAGGUCAAGGGGGUAGGGAAAAAGGAAUCAAAAUGCGAAUCCAGAAGGGAAGGAAAAAAGGAAACCCCAAAAGAAUCGGUCCCAAAAAGAAACACAUUGUGCAGGAUGAAGGACAUAAUGGGAGGUAACAUGAAAGACGACUCCGUGGGGACACAAAUGGUGGAAUCCCUCAAAGAUGAUGAUUACAACAUAAAUUCCCGAAAAUCAAUUUUAUCAAAAAAGAACCAAAAGGAAAAAUAUCCCCUCGAUAUAGAAGUAUCAUACAAAUGUAAAAGCAUUUACAUAAAAAUCAACGUAGACUCAAAUAAUGAAGAGCUACUAAAACACACACAACACAAGUUACCGAAAAGAAGUCUAGAGUUUAAGUUAUUCACAACCAAGUUUGUCGAUGGGUUCAUUAAAUCAACCGAAUCUAAAAUUUAUAAGUCAUCUAGUAUUAUUUUGCAGAAUGCAGAGACUGAUGUUUUUUAUAACAUCACUAUUCAUGUGUAUAGCAGUGUCGUGUCUAGUCUAUGGCUAUAUGGAUCCGCUUCAUUUUAUCUAACCAAAUACAAUGUUGAACGUUUUAAAUUGAAAACGCCUUCCUCUGUUACGUUUAACAAAGAUGGGGAUGUCAGAAAUGGGAUGUUAAAUGCGGAAAAAAGUGCACCGAAAGAGGUGCCAUCAAGACAAUUGGCCAGGGAAAAGAAAGGUGACUCGAACAGUACCUCGAGAAACAUUCCUGAGAGGGGCAAAAAUGGCGAACCCCUUUUUUUUACAAACUCGGAGGGACAAAACACACACGAUUAUCUGUUAGAAGAGGAGGGGAAAGACAUCUCCCUGGAUGAUCAUUCUUCUACCUCCUUCGACGAUGAUAUCUCUUCUGACGGAAGCGACGUCGUAAUGGAAAAUGUUAAUAUUGGCAUUAAUUUAGGAGGGGCCCCGAACUUGGCACAUGAACAUAGCAGUGGCCACAGUAACCAUAAUGUUGAUGACCAGCAGAUUCCUCAAAUGUUUGAGUCAAACAAAAUAAAUGACUCUACUCGAAAUGAAGGUGGAGUGAAUAGCUCUACCUAUGACGAACUACUUCUAAAUGUUAGCCAAAUUAACAAAAAUAAAAUAAAGAAGGAAUUCCAAACUGUUCGGCCCGAUAUGGGUGAUGCUCGAACAUCUCCAGUAGAGGAGAAGGACAGGUCUAGCGAUGAUGAAGAAGAUAAGCAUCAACAUUAUGAUAGGGGCUCAUCACAUGAAGAAAAAGACCAAAGUGAGCAACCCACUGAAAGUGAACUUCCGCCAGUGGAGGAACCCAAUGCUAGUUACAUAACAGCAACCGUUAAAGAGGAGGAUCACAUUUUAGAAAAAUACCACAAUAUUAAUAACUACUUAGAGGAAAAUAGCGAAGGUAAUUUAAAAUAUACAAAAUUCUUGAUAGAAAAAGGGACACAUAAUAUAAUGCCAGAUUCGAAUAGACUCUUUUCAAAUCCUUCACUAGUUAAGGAAGAUACAACUUGUCGUUCUUUUAUACUUCCAAGCACACGCUCCUUUAACGUUUCAUACGAGAAUGGUAACAGUAGUGUAGAAUCUCAAAAGGAGAAUGGACUACCUAAUGGUGGUUCACCCUUCAAGGGAGAAAAAAAUAAUUUCAAAACAAAUUUUUUCAGAAACUGCAAAUCUGGCGACGCGACAAAUAUUUUAACUGAAGACAAUGGAUCCUCUAAGGUGGAGGAACGUCUUCCCAUGUUGAGCGAUCAAAAAGAAAAGCUAGCACAGAUAGGUAGGGUAAUAAGUGAGAAAUGGACAAAGGAGAAAAACGAAAAAUGUAUGACCACUGUUCAUGAAGUAGAAGGCAUUAAUAAGGAGAAUAAUCCACGCAUGAUUAGGAGCCACCACUUCGGGGGUUUAACCCGUGUAAAUUUCCCUCCAAACGGAAAAGAGUCAAAGGGAGACAAUUCUAGAAGGCACGUUCAUAACAGCUUCGUACAGAUCCCUUCCAUGGAAAAAUGGAAAAAAGAAAAUGGUUUGAAGAACGACUCACAUCUAUCAAGUGGAGAUCCACACUUAGCCGAGAAAAAAUUCAAUUCUACAUCAAACCUAGUCUUCUCAAGUGGUACAUUCCUGCACACAAACGAAAACAAGGACGCAGAAGGUUUGGAAGUAACGCAGGGAAAAGAUGAACAAAAUGAAGUAAACGUGUUGAGUGAAAUUAGAAAUGCCAACAAGAGCAAUGAUGAGGACUCCCCUCAUUUGGAUGGGCCCUCGGUAUCUGCCGAAGUCCAAGUAGAAAUAAAGGAAUGCGCAAGUGAAUCGAAGGAACAUGUACCCAUUUUGGGGAACACCCCUUCACAUGAUAAGGGAGAAGAACUCUCCAAGGAAAAUUUUCGAACUGACAAAGAAUCCACAUUUAGGGACGAGGUUGCCAAAUGGAGUCUGCUAAAUAGACCCGAUGCUAAACAGACGGCCGACUCGAAUUGCAACAGAUGGAUUUUGCAAAAAAAUGGAAAUGUAGCGAAUAAAGCGAGUGCUCCUAUUGGACUGAACACGCAAAAUACCAUCCCGAAUGGUAAAUUGAUUCACAAAUUCGGUUCAUGGUUUACCAAAGGUUCUUACCCACCAGAGAGCAAGUACACUAUACCAGGGGAAUGUCCUUACAAAACACACCAGGGUAGAAGCGCCGCCAUGUAUAAUCCGGUGUGUGGUGUCGUGCCAGACAAGGUAGCAAAAUUGCCGAGCACAAACAUACCUGUGCAAUUACACACACGUGCAGAGGACGGCAAAAUGAAAUACGCACAGCCUCCCUAUUUUAACAAAACCAACGGGAUGGUAAAUUUACCUAACGGGGGUUACUUACUCCAGGAUAACAAUACAUUGAGGCAUAACUUAGGCAGAGAUUUUGCAAAUAAAUUUGUGCACAUUGUGAAGGAGCGUUCGCCAAGUUGUUUGCGAAGUGGUGUUCCAAGUGGCCUUCUGAGCGGCACUACCAACGGGAUGGAAAAGAAAAUGCACAACUCAGAGGAUCUAAUGUACAGAAGCAACAACUACAGAAAUAUCAGAUGCGCUCAAGGGGCUGUGGACGUUCCACCUCUAUACAACACCGAUAAGUCUGCCACCAGUAAAGGUCGGUAUAUGAACCCUUCCCUCUACGCCUUGAGACAGAACUACAAUGGAAUGAACUGUCCCAAGGCACCCACACAAAUGGCUACCAACCCAAAUGCCGAAACAUAUGGAAAAGAAUUUGCAUCAAGAAUUCCCCCUUGUGAUGAGAGUAUCACUAAGGAUACACCGCAUGGUGGUAUAAACCUACCUCUUAGAAAAAGCAACAUUGAUGAGGAGGGCUUACCAAUUCUGAGGGCACUCCCCCACAAUGGGGAACCCCAAACAGGCGCAAAUAAUUACCCCCCAAAUGGAGGCAAUGCCCCCCAUAAAGACCUUAACAAUGCGGGAGAUAACAGCUCUUACAAGAAAGAAACCUCUCCUACUUUCCAGACAUAUUUCAAUGAGGAAAUAACAGACCGUCUCCAUGGGGCGGUUCUACCUGGGCAAGGGGGACCCAGUAACGAUCAGAAAAACAUCAACUCCAUCAACUGCGGUCGCCAGAAUAUCAACCCGAUCACCAACAGUCGCCAAAACAUCAACCCCAUCAGCAGCCUCCCCAAUGGCGCCUACAACCCAACAAACAAACUCCAUGCAAACAUGCAUGGAAACAUCGACAUCCAUUUACCCCAGAAGGAUUCAUCAAAUAACGGGCCAUCACUAUACAAGCCCAUUGUGGGAGCCAACAUGCCCAGAAUAAACAAUAACAUUAAAAUGUUCUCCUUUAAUGAGGAAGGCAUAGCAGCUCACCUAGAAAAUCAUAAGAGGAACAUAAAUCAGGGGAAGAGCCCUCUUUAUCCUUAUAUGCAACAAAAUAUACACACCUAUGGUGGUAUAAGAAUACCAAACAGUAUUGAUCAGUCCAAGAAUGGAUACUAUCUACCGAAUUGUAAUUCUCCUAAUGAGGUACAAAUGAAAGAAGCAUGCCUAAAUCAGCAUGGAGUAAAUUAUCAAACUGUUUUAAAAAAAGAAAAGGAGGAUUAUUUUGGAAGAACAGUGCCAAAACCCCUUAUGUGUAACUAUGCACCAUUUGGGGGGAAUACAUAUGCUGCACAAAAUGGUAACUUGGAAAAAGAGCACCUCAAAAAAUGUAGGCUUCUAUAUACACAAGGAGUGCCAAAUGUAGCAACAGGAAAUAAUUUUCCCACUUUUAAAACGAAUCAACAGAAGUUAAGUGGUGCUGCAGGAUCUCCUUCCCGUGGCAACUUCAACCUUGUUGGAUUUGCGCCACACCAUGUUGAUAAGAACGUGCAGAAGGAAGGAGGUGCAUAUGCCCCAUGGGGUGACGCCCGUCGGGUGGUGGUACCUGGAAGAACGGGACAACUUCCCUCCCCCUACGCUCAUUGGCCACAGUGUACACCCCAUAACACGGUUCACAUGUUUCCUCCAAGCGGGAAUCCCAGUAUCCCCCCAAUAAAUAUGCACAGACAGAAGGAGAACCCCAGUGGCUAUCACUCCCAAGGACCAUGUCUCAUGAAGCAGAAUCCCCCAAGAGAAAAACAGAAAGUUCAAACUGAAUAUCCUGUCAGCAAUUUAGCCAAGCAGCCGAACCAAGACGGGGCCAAAUUAGCAAGCUCGCUUUCGUCGCCCAACAAGGUAAAGGGGAACACACAACGAGCAGUGACUUUCCUUGACGACCCCCUGAUAAUAAAAAAGGGCGCCCAUCAUAAUGGCACGCAUCCAAAUAAAUUCCUUCACGAAAGUGCCUCUCACGUGACUUCGAAGCACGACUUAACGAAUGGUGAAAAAGUUUGUUCGAGUGGGAACGUAGAUAUUCCCCACCAGCCAAACCAGUCCAUAGAAUGGGAUAAAUCUGAAGAAGCGCGCAAAUUCGACCUAAAGUACAACGAAAUAAAUUUCAAAAGCAUACAGUGUAUAGAACAGACAAAUAAUCAAUUCGCGGAUCACAUAUAUAACAUGGCCAAAGGUUCCAAGACAGCAUGUUCUGCAAGGGAAUAUACUUACACAGAUAAUAUGUCUGUAAAAAGAGAAAAUUCAUUCGGAAAAAACAGGAAAUUUUCUCCCUUCUUUGGAUUACGUAAUAGUGGUAAUCAUUCGAACACAGAGGAACACACAGAGAAUACACAAAAGAAGAGUACAAUGACAAAAGCCUUUCAGUUGAGUAUUCAGCUGGGAGAACGUGAAUGGGGGCAAAUUAAAUUCACUUGUGAGGAUAUCCUUGAUGAUAAGAUUAAUAAAUUUAUUGAAAGUAAUAAUUUAAAGAAAAUCUUUUUAUCUCCUUUGCGGGAAAAAUUAAAGUACAUGUUGGAUAAUGAUGUACCCAAGUGGAGCAUGAGCAUUACUGAAAUAUUGUGA